AUGAAUUCUACUAGGCCAGACUUAGCUUAUUCAGUAAGCAGGCUUAGUAGAUACACAAGCAAUCCUGGACAUGAUCAUUGGGAGGCACUAAUCAAGGUGCUAAGAUAUUUGAAAUACACCCAAGACUAUGAAUUGCACUACACUAGAUAUCCACCAGUUCUAGAAGGCUAUAGUGAUGCAAAUUGGAUUUCUGACAGUACAAAAACCAAAUCAACUAGUGGAUAUGUAUUUACAUUAGGUGGAGCUGUAGUAUUUUGGAAAUCCUCUAAACAAACGUGUAUAGCACGCUCUACAAUGGAAUCAGAUUUUGUAGCCUUAGAUAAAGCUGCUGAAGAAGCAGAAUGGCUGAGAAACUUCCUAGAGGACAUUCCAAUGUGGCCUAAGCCUGUGACAGCAAUUUGCAUACAUUGUGAUAGUAUGGCAACACAAGCAAGAGCCAAGAGUGGUGUAUACAAUGGAAAGUCAAGACAUAUCAGGUGUAGGCAUAAUACAAUUAGACAAUUGCUCUCAAAUGGAAUUAUAUCCAUUGACUAUGUGAUGUCAAAGGAAAAUAUUGCAGAUCCUUUGACAAAGGCCUACCAAGAGAGCAAAUCAAAUUUACAUCGAGGGGAAUGGGAUUGA